GAACUCGAGUCAUCUGAAGCGAUUGUCGGUGAUAGUCUUCAGGUACAUUGAAAUACCGAGGACUUUCCGCAGAGUUCUUGGAAAUCGCGCAGGAAGUCGGCCGAAAUUGCUGAAGUUCACUCGCGAGAUCGAGGAUUCUUCGAGAAAGAGUCGUCUUCAAAUGAAUUACAUCCGCGAAAAUCUUGAAGAACUUGUGUUCUAGUAAACGCUGAAGAAAUUGAAAAAUUUGUAUCUUUUCGCAUUUGGAUGAUAUUUGAAGAAGCACGCUUCUUACUGUUUUAAUCAAAUUCCUGAUCCCGACAUUCAAUCUUUGAUAGUGAAAAGAUUCGCAGCGACGAAUUAAUACCCAGUGCAAUAUAAAAAAGGAUAACAAUUUAGGUGAAGCUUAUAAAAUGUCCUCGUAGCGCUUAAGAAUCAAAAGAAAGAGAUUGAAAAAAAUUAUUCUACAAGGGUGAACUGUUCUUCGAUAAGUUUGCGAGGAUCAGUGCUGAUUUCGACGACAAAUUCAACGACAUUCGCGCGCUUUUUGCUGUAAAUUGUAAUACGGAAGUGAGGAAUCAUGAAACCGCCGUACAAUGAAGAACCCGUGCAGCAGAUCUCGCAGGAACAAGGCGAGAGAAAUGUCGCGAUGGCAGUCUGCGUACAGCUUGCCGGUCGCGCGAUCAUCAGGGUAGUUUCACGAUGUGAAGAAGCCCAGGAUAACUGUAAUUUAGACUUGUCAGAGUGCCAGCUGAUGCAAAUUCCGGACGCUGUCUAUCAUUUAAUGCGACACACGGAGCUGAAGACAUGCGACCUUUCCGGAAACGUGAUCACAAAGAUCCCAGCAAAGUUCGCCGUAAAGUUCUCGCUAAUUACCGAAUUAAAUUUGAGUCACAAUCAAAUGAGCAAGCUGCCGGAGGAAUUGGCCGAGCUGCAGGCGCUGGAGAGACUCGACAUCUCGCACAAUACUUUCAUCGCUCUACCACCUGUCGCUUGGCGGAUACCGCAGCUCAAACGGUUCCUCGCCAACAACAAUUUUAUUAUCGACGUCGAUGUUGAGAGACUCAGGCACGCGCCCGUCCUGGAAUUGGUCGAUUUGCAGGCAAAUCCGUUACCUUCAAGAUUGCACGACCUUCUGCGUACUCUAUCUGGAAUCAGAAUUGAGCUUAGUCCUCGGCAGAUCGAGGAUUGGGAAGACUUGAACGUCUAAAUCGUUUCCUGCGCGAGAGUAGCGGUUUCGUGGAUGCUGACGACCUUAUCUUCUUUGAAGAUUGCUCAAGAGACUUCGCCAGCUAGAAGUAGAAUCGAUAUAUUUUGUACAGGACCUAUUGAGUGAUAACGGGUACGGAUCGUUAAUCAUAGCGAUCCGAUUGUACUUUUUGUAAAUGUCACUAGCGAUUUGUAUUUAAUUAUCGUGAAUCAAUUGUAUCGAUCUCGUGAUCGAGAUCGAUUGAUCCUUCUGUGUUUCUUUUAUACCGCAUGGAUUUUUAGAUUUUAUCGCAAUACGAAUCACGAGCGACUCUAUUGUGGUACUUAAAUAUAUACUUUAAUAAAAUGAAGAAAUUCAAGAAUUCUUGGAUUCUUGAUUACGUGGCUAUCAGAGUAUCGGCAGCUUUGAAUUUUUGAACGUCACAUCUCUAAUUUGCUCGAAUCUUUGAAUUUUCUUUUAAUUCAUAUUUAUGCGAUCUAUAAAAAUUGUGAAUCCUCGGAGUUUAAGAUUUAAAGAAAUAUUUAAGUUAAGUAACACAACGAAAAUUUUUUGGGAUUCUCUGAAAAAUGUAUCGUUUAUCAUAAAUGAAAAUUGUAUUGAUUGUAAUUUUUACGUAACUCGUGUCCGAUGAUUUACGGACAAUUUAUUGCUAUGAACUGCCGAUUUAUAUAUACACAUUGUGUAAUACAAUCUGUCUAACACAAUAUUUUGCACUCGAGUGUCAUAUAAUAUAAUAGGGAAAAUGUCAUAAUUUUGCAUGUGCUUUGACAUUAUUACAUAUAUUCAUAAAGUAUAUAAUGAAAUACUGUACACAAAUAAGAAUUGGACUUUUUCGCAAACAUUACGUUCUAACAACGUAUUUUAUGUUUUAUACAUAUUUAUAACUCGAGCAUAAGAAGAUUAAUGUCUCACGUAUUGAUGACGUUCGAAUAGAAAAGAUUUUAUAAGAUUGUAUAUCUUUCGCGAGUACAAAGGUGUUAAUAACGAUGGAAUAACAAGAAUUACGACAGAAGUACGAUUAAACAGUUUAACGUUACUAGGUGUCUUAUGAAGAAACAUAGAUUUGCAAAUCCCGCGAAAUUGCACGCAUUUUGCGUAUGUAAUAACGCGCAUACCAAAUAGCACGUUUAUAAUAAUAAACUUGUUUUAUUCUCUCUGUACUUUUGCUCUAGUCAAUUUCUUAUAAAUAAAUGAUUUCGAGAUUUACAGACACAUAAUUCUGUCGAUUCUCGAAUUUAUCUAUAGCAUCCUGAAUAAUUUCACGAAUUCUUUGAAUUUAUGAAUCCUUGAUUUCCAAAACUUUUAAUUGCGAAAACGUAAUCCAUAAAACUAUUGUGUCCUUAAAUCUAUAGUUUUAUUUUAUCUAUAGUUUACAUUCUCAGAAUAUUCUAUAGAAAUUUGAAUACGAGUGUGAGACAUCGUAAUAUAACAGCACAAAAAGUACGAGAGCGUAUUUUUAAAAUCAUAUUUCGCAAGACCUGUUCCUAGUCUACAUAUUUAUAUCUAUAUUAUUAUUAUUAUUAUAUUGCAAUUUGUAUUUUAAGUCAUAAUUGUAUUCUCAUGAAAAAAAAAACUCACAUUGCAAAUCGAAGAAUUAUCAACACUAAAUUUUAUGCUCGUUCAAUAUUUUGCAAUGCUUGAUAUAUAAAUUGUUAUAAAUUUUUUGUACAAUAUAUGUAUAUCAUAAAUAUAUUAUAUGUAGAAUUUUGAUAAAAUAGAAAUUGUGUCAAUGGAUCCAGAUAAAGGAUUUUAGUCAGAGAUAAACAAUUUUAGAGUCGUUAUAAAUUUGACACAUUCUGUAUUAUAUAUACAAAAUAAACGACCGAAAAAGGAGA